GACAGACACCUGAGGGGCUGCCAGCUAACUUCCUUGACCGGGCCGGGCCACCCUCACGCUUCUUGCCGUCUUGUCCACAGGGGACUCGUGGGGGAUGCUCGCGUGCCUGUGCACCGUGCUCUGGCACCUCCCUGCAGUGCCAGCCCUCAACCGCACAGGGGACCCGGGGCCUGGCCCCUCCAUCCAGAAAACCUAUGACCUCACCCGCUACCUGGAGCACCAGCUCCGCAGCUUGGCUGGGACCUACCUGAACUACCUGGGCCCCCCUUUCAACGAGCCUGACUUCAACCCACCUCGGCUCGGGGCGGAGUCUCUGCCCAGGGCCACUGUCAACCUGGAGGUGUGGCGAAGCCUCAACGACAGACUGCGGCUGACCCAGAACUACGAGGCCUACAGCCACCUCCUGUGCUACUUGCGUGGCCUCAACCGCCAGGCCGCCACGGCCGAGCUGCGCCGCAGCCUGGCCCACUUCUGCACCAGCCUCCAGGGCCUGCUGGGCAGCAUCGCGGGCGUCAUGGCAGCUCUGGGUUACCCGCUGCCCCAGCCUCUGCCCGGGACUGAGCCCACCUGGACGCCUGGCCCUGCCCACAGUGACUUCCUCCAGAAGAUGGAUGACUUCUGGCUGCUGAAGGAACUGCAGACCUGGCUGUGGCGCUCGGCCAAGGACUUCAACCGGCUCAAGAAGAAGAUGCAGCCUCCGGCAGCCGCGGUCACCCUGCACCUGGAGGCCCAUGGCUUCUGAUCCCUGACCUUUACCACCGUCUCUUUCCCCUCCCCCUUCAAGCCCUGCUCCCACUCUGGGAGGGAGAAAGGCGUACACCAACACUUGUUGAGCCAGGAGACAGAAGCCAUGGGCCU